AUGCACUUGUCGGAUAUUCUUCUGGAGCUCCUCAUCAUUGUGAUCUCCGUGGUGUCUUUGUUUUCCAACUUGCUGGUGCUGCUAUGUUUCAUCUACAGCGCCGACAUACGAGGACAAGUGCCAGGAAUCUUCAUCCUGAACCUAUCCUUCUGCAACAUCAUCAUUGCUAUUAUGAACAUGCCUGCUACUUUGGCCGGAAUAGUCAGAAACCAGAAGCCCUUUAGCGAUUCCUUCUGUUCCGCUAUAAGUUUUAUGGAGAUAUUUUUAACAAUCAACACUACACUAAAUAUGGCUGCGCUAAGUAUAGAUAGGUGGAUAGCGGUGGUUUUCCCGCUAACUUACUCUACGAAAAUGCGUUAUAAGGACGCAAUGAUAAUAGUAGGAUACACCUGGAUUCAUUCUUUUGCCUUCUCUAUCUUUGCGCUGUUAUACUCUUGGGUAGGCUACAGCCACACAUAUGCGUCUUGCACCUUGCACCUGGGCGCAUCAGAGAACGGAAGGUCGAAGUUCACUGCAUUUUCCAUAGUGUUUCAGACCACCAGCUUCUUGCUUCCUCUCAUCAUUCUCUGCAUCACUUACCAGAAAGUUUUGAAAGUUGCCCGUUUUCAUUGCAAAAGGAUAGACGUUAUAACAGUACAGACGCUACUUCUUUUGGUGGACAUUCACCCAAGUGUGAAACAACGGUGUCUUUUGGAGCAGAAAAAAAGAAGACAGAGGGCCACAAAGAAGAUCUGCAUUUUCAUCGGGACUUUUGUUGUUUGCUUUGCUCCUUAUGUCAUCACAAGGUUAACUGAACUGGCGCCGGACAUUCACAUCGAUCGUCACUGGGGAAUCGUGAGCAAAUGCCUGGCGUACAGCAAAGGAGCACUUGACCCCUUUGUGUACUCCCUCCUUCGCCAGCAGUUCAAGAAGGCUCUGAUCAGCAUGGCCAACAGGGCCCUGGGACGCGGAGCGUACCCCUCCUCAGGACACAGCAGCACUGCGGACACUGACAACGACGGCUUCUCGCGGCGAGUCAGCUAGCCUCUGCAAGCUGAAAGCCAAGCGGACCAUUAACUCAUCCAGAGACUGAGAGGAACUGACGCCUUAGCACUAGCACGCUAGCACUCUGUGGCCAUAAGGGGAGAUAAUACUGAGUCAGCAAGUGGCUAAUGGCUUUGGCUACUCAGGUGUAUAAACAAUGAGCUAUCCUGCUAAUUCCUUAUGCUUGACUGCUGGGACUACACACAUCACUGUUUGUUGUAACACAAACAAACCACUUUUACCUGUUGGAGAAUGCCCUCUCAAAUCCAGAGACUGUACACAUCAAGGCGUGUGUGUCAUGGAUGGAUCUCAGUUGGAAGUAUAUGCUAUUUGGUUCUGUUUGAAAAAGUGUUGGUUUGUUGAAUAGUAGCCUAAAAGUGGCAGCAGGGAACCAU